CAAAUUUACUAUGAGUACGGGCAUCAUCGCGACGCUACAGGAUCCUGAGAAACGCAAAAUGUGGCUGGCCAACAAUAUGGACAACAUACGCUUCUGGGGUAUCUUCUGCCUGGUGGGCUUGGUAUUGUUCUAUGUCUCCUCCGAUUGGGACUUUUCAGUGCUUCUUACGAUCAGCUCUAUGAUAAGUAUGUUCUCGUUUUUAAUGGUAGUAGUGAAAAUAGAAACGUCCAAGUCGGUCAGUGGAGUUUCACUGAAGAUGUUCGAAUGCUAUACACUAGUCAGCGUUUGCAGGCUAGGGUCCAUCAUCCCUUUUGACGGAUACCUUCCCUACGACCGUUCCGGAGAUUGGCUAUAUCGACUAACAGAGGUUAUCAGUCUCUGUCUAGCAAGCACUGUUGUAUACUUCUGCCGCGUUCGAUACAGAGCGACCUAUGAGGCCGGAGCUGACACCUUGAAACACGUGUACCUGAUGAUUAUAGCGCUGGUCUUGGCCGGGAUAUUUCACCCGAGGCUCAAUGCCUUCAUGCCUGCCGACAUUGCGUGGGCUUAUGCGCUCUAUCUUGAAUCUGUUACAGUGUUACCUCAGCUGUUCAUGUUCCAGAAGCAAGGAAAGGUCGAAGCCUUCACGAGCCACUUCCUUGCUGGCCAGGCUCUGAGCAGGGUUUGCUCCUUCAUCUUCUGGUGGUCAUCCUAUAAGGAGUUGAACGAUCAUAGGCAUCCUAUCAAGGCUUAUGUUGGGUAUUGGGUGAUGCUCAUGCAGUUGUUGCAGUUGAUUGUGAUGGGAGACUUUAUAUACCACUACAUAAACUGCCUCCGUAAGGGUGUUCCGGUCACACAUAUCUUGAGCGAUGUUGUAUAGUGCUUCACAACUACUACCACUAGUAUUCGCGGUUUACGGCUAAAGUGCUUCGGUGGGUGACAGAAUAGCAUUAAC